CAUAUAGUGACAGUGCGAUAUCAUCCCUCAGUGACAACCAAGACUGCUCUUUUCACAAUACGGGUAGAUAAAGAUCAGAACAUGAAGGCUGUGUUCGCUCUGUUACUCUUGACUAUCCUCGUGGAGAGGACGACUUCCGGCAAAUUACUGCUGAUCAUGCUGGACGGGUUCCGCUGGGACUACUUUGAUCAGGGAUUACAGCUUCCAGCUUUUGACAAGAUAUUUCAUCGGGGUGUUAAAGCAAGGCGGCUGAUACCGGCCUACCCCUCCGUGUCUUAUCCCAAUCACUACACGCUGUUAACAGGCCUGUACGUUGAGUCUCACGGUUUUGUUGGCAACGAAUGGUAUGACGUCACUGCGGAGAAAUACUAUUCCCCCUGGUACAAAGAGCUUACUCCCGAAGACAGAUCCUUCUUGUACGCUGAAUCAGAACCAUUGUGGGUCAGCGCCGUCAGACAGAACAAGAGGGUGCACAUGUUCCACUGGUUCGGAUGUGAGGUGCAAAUAAGAGGAAUUAGACCUACGUUCUGCGCUAAGCAUGACGGUCUCCCUUCCAUCACUGACUUUCAGCACGACCUGGAGGAAAGCCUGCAGCUGUUUCUCAACGACAGUACAGAUCUGGCAGUGGUCUACCACGAGAAGAUAGACGACCAUGCACACAGAUAUGGACUCAAUUCAAGCAAUUUGAUUUCGGCAAUUCUGGAAGUAGACGAAGAAUUUUCCCGACUGCUUACAAAAUUCGCCCAAACUGGAUUGGAAGACCAUGUUGAUGUAAUGGUAUUCUCUGACCAUGGAAUGACCAGCAUAUCCCCGUCACAUGUCGUCAACGUGAGUGACGUCAUGCCGACGUCAUGUGUCGACGCCAUUGUCAAUGGAUAUGGUUCUCAUGUGUACAUUUGGUCAGAAGUUGAUUGUUUACAAAAGGUAUACGACGUCUUGAAAGACUACAGUCCUCACUUCAAAGCGUACCUGAAGGACGAUAUCCCCGACAGAUGGCGCUUCAAACAUCACAAACGUAUCCCACCAUUGAUACUAGUUCCAGAUAUGGGAUGGUACAUUGACACGCCGAACUUUGGCUUCUUCAACUAUGAUACCGGUCCAAUAAAGCAGAACUUCACAACGUAGACCUGUACCAGAUCAUGUGUCACAUUCUGGAUAUUGAGCCUCGUUCUCACAACGGCACGUGGUCACGUGUUCGUCACAUGAUCAAGAACGUUUCCGGUUAUCCACUGCUGUCUUCCGCUAUACCUACGGCAGUUGCAUGUAUACUGGUAGCUCUGUGUUAUUGUUGUAUCGCCGGUAAUCCACAUUAACGACAACUUGCACUAUCCACUGCUUGUGCUUGCUUUUGGGGAGCAUUUCCAAACACUUACUUAUCAAGAAAACAAUAGCAAUUUACUCUUUGCGUUGGUAACCUCAAGUUACAUGUUGAUAAGGCCUGCUUUCAAUUAAUAACGUUUCCUGAAAAUCCAUAUUCUUGGUUUUACUAAUGGUCUAUUUUGUUGCGUUAAUUGACCAAUCAAUGCUCGGUCAUCUCUUACGUAUCACGAGAACAAUAGCAAUUUACUCUUUGCGUUGGUAAACUCAAAUUACAUGUUGAUAAGGCCUGCUUUCAAUAAAUAACGCUUCCUGAAAAUCCAUAUUCUUGGUUUUACUAAUGGUCUAUUUUGUUGCGUUAAUUGACCAAUCAAUGCUCGGUCAUCUCUUACGUGUCAGGAAAACAAUAGCAAUUUACUCUUUGCGUUCGUAAACUUAACUUACAUGUUGAUUCGGCUUGCUUUCAAUGAAUAACGCUUCCUGGAAGUCAAUAUUCUUGGUUUUACGAUGGUUUAUUUUGUUGCGUUAAUUGAACGAUCAAUGCUCGGUCAUCCCUGGAUUUUAAUAAAACUAUCAAUGCUUCAUAAAUGUCCAUGUCCCGAUGACAAUAUU